AUGUCGCGGCCCUAUCGCGUGCGGCCAAGUGCACCAACACCGUAUCUCCGCCGAAAUGAUGCGGAAGUGUUUACUGCAGGCGACUGGGGCAUGCGUGCAACAGAUUUCAGCGUGCGUCUGACGCCUAUUCAGUCGUUUGUCGAGCGGUGCUGUGACCCGUCCGUUGAGUCUCCCAACCUGCCUUUGGAGCUCGACCUUGCUGACUAUGUGAAUACAAAACGUGCAAACACUGCACGGGAGGCCGUAUUUGAGGUGGUGAAUAAAAUUAAUGCGCGUGCGCCGCAUGUUGGGAUGCUGGGGCUGCAUCUUCUGGAUAUUCUGGUAAAAAACUGUGGUUUUCCUGUGCACUUGCAAAUCGCAACGAAAGAAUUUCUGAAUGAGCUAGUUCGCCGCUUCCCGGAGCGGCCACCGAUGCACCCGAGCCCGGUGAUGUCCAAGAUCUUGGAAAUGAUUCACGAAUGGCGGCAGACGCUGUGUGUGACGAGCAAGAACCGCGAGGAUCUCGUACACAUUCGCGAUAUGCACCGCUUGCUCAUGUACAAGGGCUAUCGUUUCCCCAAAACAGAUGCACGCAGCGCCGCGGUGCUGAACAACGAGACCAGUUUGCAGACCCCCCAGGAGCUCGAGGAGGAAACGCGUGUUGCCCAAGGCGCCAAGCUCCAGGAACUCAUUCGACGCGGCACGCCGCGCGACUUGCGGCAGGCGCAGGAGCUUAUGAAGGUUAUGUCUGGCGCCGAUCCGGACGCGGCUGAGCCUACCUUGCAGAUUGCCAAGGAGCUCGACAAACUCCGGUCGCGCGUUAAGCUGCUCAACGAUAUGCUGGACCAGGCGAAGCCAAGCGAGAAAUUCGUGUCUGGCGACGCAUACGACCAGGUCUCUUCGCAUCUGCGCAGUGUCCAGCCGCGUCUUCAAAAAUGGGUAUCGCAGGCAGAGGAGAGCGACUCGGAAAUGCUCAUCCAGUUCCUCGAGACAAACGACACCAUCAACCAGACGCUCUAUCGCUACGACUCGACCGUGCAAGGCAAUGGCAGCGUCUCUGCACCCAAAAGCGGUAAAGGCCGCUUGGAUCUGAUUUCGUUCGACGAGGAGGAAGCGCCCGACCCCGCCGCAUCGGCACAAAAAGCACCGAGCUUUAUGGACGACCUCGCACUGUUAUCCACACUCAAUUCGUCUGCAUCUGCAUCUGCGCCUGCGCCUGCGCCUGCACGUGCACCUACACAAGGCAAAAAUGCAGUGGCAGAUCUCCUCGGAGACCUGGACGAGCCCAGCACACCGCCAAUUGCACUCGGCUCGACACCAGUGCCUGCCCCCUCCGCGGAUCCUUUUGCCGCCCUCGACCUACUCCGAUAA